UCAUCCCAGUAACUGAAGAAGGGCACAGGGUAUCCAGGAUCACACUGGCUGCUGGGAUUUUGUAUACACUCCCUCCAGGGAACAGCAGGAAUCAACUCUCAGCAGGCUGCACGCUGCAAUGUCUCCUCUUGCAGAUUAAUAGCAGUCUCUCUCUCUGGCUGGUCCCUGAGCAGGCUGGAAUUCACACUGCCAGUCUCUAAAUGUCCCAGCACCUCUCUCCUCCUGGCUGGUUCCUCUUCCCCUUCCUGGGUCUGGGGGGUAGGACCAAGACUGUCCCUCCCCCUAUGAUUGGUUGGAGUCCUGAAGACUGAACAUCACUAGUUCCUCUGUACUGUAGUGAAAAACACAGAGGACUACAUUACCCAGCAAUCUUAAAGGUAUGGCAGUUUCUGUCUGCUUCUUCACUGCAGCCUGAUAAAAAAAAAAGCCGGUAGCAGUAGACCAAUCAGGAAACGGUAUGUCACAGAAGGGCGGCACGUUGGAAGCAAGCUGGAAUACGCAACGUGCUGAGAGCACCGCCCACUAAACAGCACCUGUUACCUGGGGAGACUUUUCAGCUCAGAGACUGCAGGUUUCAGGACGUCUGGAUCUAUGACGUGCCCUUGAGGGGGGCUGCCUGUGUACGCCACAUAGCCGUGAUUGGCUGCCUGUGUACAUCACUUACGCUUGAAGUGGAUUUUGGCUGCCUAUUUCUAUGUGUCUGUGACUGUUUACUGCCAUUACCUGUGAGGGGCCAUUUGCCUAUGUCAUCUACCUCUGGGGUAUUAUCUACAUGACCGUCCUUUGGCUUUGCUGGAUAUUAUAGUCUGAUCACCUGAGGGAAAUUAAGUCUUGACCCAGACAUACUGUUAAUCCUUAAUAAGGAGAUAAUAAGGACCCAGCUCUGUUUUGUGAGUGCUGUUCUUUGCCUGCCUGUGGCAUUUGUGCCUUCAUACAUCUCUCUCCAAGCACCAGGACUAUUUGGACACAGGAGCCGACCACCCAUCCCAGGAUACUGCUGAGAAGAUUCUUUAAGGUUCAUUUUCUUUUAAGGUCCAAUUUCUUCUGUGACUCACUGCCUCUGCAAUAAGCCUACAUAUAGUCAUUGGAACUAGUGGGACAACAGGCUGACGAUCCAAAAUAGAACAUUUGGCCGCCCGACCAGACUCCCCUUCCUGAGACGCUUCACCUGGACACCCACUACUAACACCAAAGGUCUUUUGGGAAUAUACCUAGUGACCCCAUUCUCCUGGCACUAGCCAUUCCCAUUUGGGCCAUUGGUUCUAAAGACCAGCCACUCAUGGCGCAGGAAAUCCCUCAGGUUCCUGAUGACUCCGUAUUCCUAUCUUUUCGUGAGCAGUGUGAGUCAACAGAUGGCUGGGUCUGCUCCUAUAACAAAGCCGACAUCGGGGUGUGGAUGAAACCAUCAGCUGGAAAAACAUCCCUUGUACACACUGUCAAGGGUCGAAUGACAUUCCCAGAUGUAUCGGCCGACACCGUGUAUGAUGUUCUGCAUGACACAGAGUACCGCAAGAAGUGGGAUAUAAACAUGAUCGAGACAAAGGAUAUUGCUUUGCUGUCCGCUAAUGCCGAUGUGGGAUAUUACUCAUGGAAGUGCCCCAAACCUCUUAAAAACCGGGAUGUGGUGACGCUACGCUCAUGGCUUGUGCUGCCUGACAGCUUUAUGAUCAUCAACUUCUCUGUGAAACACAAGCUAUACCCACCUCGCAAGGACCUGGUCCGAGCAGUCUCACUUGUUGCAGGAUAUUACAUUCAUAGUACUGGAUCUAACACCUGCACACUCACAUACCUGGCACAAGUAGACCCUAGAGGUUCUUUGCCAAAGUGGGUAGUGAAUAAAUCUUCAAAGUAUCUGGCACCAAAGAUCCUGCGGAAACUACACAAAGCCUGUUUGCAGUACCCAUCCUGGAAAAAUAAAAACCAGCCAGCAUUCAAGCCAUGGCUUAACCCUGAACAGAACACCUUACCUCGUAUGUCUCUAAAUGAGCUCACCCUGCAGCGAGCAGACUCCCUGGAACUUGUGGACGAAAGCAACCUUUGUGAGGGAGCUGAGGAGAAAGCAGACAACAGUGAUGACGAUUAGAGUGCUAGAAAAAGGAAAAGGAAGGACACAGUGAGCUGAACUUGAGUCAAUAGCUGCCACUGCUUAGAGAGUAAUCUAACAACAUCUAACUAAGUUGUCUUCGUUCAUGAGGCUCUCUGAAAUAUUUAUGCUGAUAUACUGUGAUCGGGGUUCAUUAGAAGUGUAGGCAAUGAUAUUGGGUUUAUUCCCAAUUAUUGUAAGGGUAGUGUAUGGUGGGUAGAACUUUGAGGAGGUGAUAUUUUUUUAAUCACAACCCAAAGUUCCAUAAUAAAAUGAAUUUCAUUACUUGGUGUGGGUAACAGUCACAUGACUGCUAGCACUGUAUGUGUUGGACAUGUCCCACCGCAAUUCUUGUCCCUUGUACUCGCCUGCUUUUCUUUGUCUCCUCACUUGUGGGCAGGAAAAGAAAAGCUGUUUUUAGGGCUUAAAAAAUAUACAAUAUAAGAAUACUAACACCAACCAAUCAGUAAGCGAAGGAGUCAUUUCUGUAAGGAUUUUAGAAAAGGUGCUUUGGCUGGCUGAGGAGAGCUAGAAGGUGCUGUAAUAUGACAUUCAAAGACCUUUUUAUUCACAUUGUGCCUUAAUACAAAUUUUUGUUAAAUUUAUGGUUAUUUUAUAUUUAAUGUAAAAAUUCAUAGACUUUAAUAAAUAUAAAUACUCAUAAUA